UGUGAGUGGGACAAAAGUCAUGGAUAGUCAUACAGGCUGUGGUGCGAGGAUGCACCAGCUGGGGGCUGUUCUUUCUCUCUUCAUUUCUACGUCUUUUUCUCGUCCCUGACAGCAUCUGAGCGUGAGCGCCAUCUCCCAUAGACGUCCAGUUUCCCACACCUAAUCAAGCAUCCCUGAUUGACACCAGGGGCGUCUUGCCAUUCACUGAAGAGACAACCACCUUCGCUUCUCCUCUCUCUCCCUCUCUCUUUCUCUACUUCGCCUCCUCCACUUCACUCCAAUCUCUUCCAGUCUCCCCCACUCACAAGUAUUUCAACUGCACUUCGUCCUUGUCUUCCACCAUGAAACUCCUCAUCCUGCUCAUCCUCAGCCUGGCUGUGCUGGUCUCGGCUCAGACUGCCGUGAUCCCGAUGCUCUUCGACGUGAUCGACGGGGAGGAAACUCGCGUCGCGUCCAUCGUCGGCAGUAUGAGUAGAGCAGACCCUUGCGCCCGAGAGGGACCCCGUUCGCUAGCAAGUCGAGAGCUCACGAAGGUGGAUCGUGUAGGACUUCCUCGAAACCACGUACCGCGUCAGCUGCCGCGCCGACGAGGAACUCACCCUCAUCGCAGGGGGAUCGCAGACCACGGUGCUGUAUGGCGUCUCGACCGCCCAGAUGUCCCUGACGGCCGUCUGCUCGGUGGACGACUCCACCACCUCAACCUUUACAACUACUCUCGACUUGGGGCCCAUCGAAGUAUUAGGGUCAAACCGUCAUGACUCGCACCUACGAUGAGGCCGACAUCGCUCCCAUUCUGGUUCCUGUCACUGUCAUCCCCGGCAUUCCGUCGGAUACCCCCAUGACCGGUCGUCCGACCGUGUCGACUACCGUCGGUGCGACCGUCGAUGAGACGUCCAGUGCCACCACCGAUGAGGGCUGGAUGAGCAUCAUGACCACCGUCGCAGCCCCCAGCACCAGCAGCACCAGCAGCACCAUCGCCAGCCGUGUGGCAACAGCAUCGCGAUCGAGCUCGGCGUCCCGAAGCACGGGGAACGCACCGCGGGCUACGGGAGAGGCAGCGAAGAUGAUGAUGGCCGGGGGAGCAGCGGUGGCGUUGAUGACUGCAGUCUGGUGAGGGCAGCAGAUGGUGACGGGGAUGCACAUUGCACAUGGUGUGUUAGGUACAAGGAC